AUGGGUUUCUUCAGUACCCACGCGUCGGGGACGCUUGACCCCCCCGAGGUGCGAAACUGGCGCAUCCACUUGAUUGCGCUUGUCGCCAGCAUGUCUGCCCUGGCUAUGGGUUAUGACACGGCAGUUAUCGGAGGAACCAUGGCGUUGGACUCGUUCCGACGUGAUUUCCACCUCGACGAAGUCAGCACGAAUGUCAGGGAUACAAUCCAGGGCAAUAUUGUCUCUACCUUCCAAGCCGGUUGCUUCUUUGGUGCUUUGUUUACAUUCCCUAUCGCUGAGAAAUUUGGUCGAAGGAAAACCGUCAUGCUCGCUGGAACUGUCUUCCUUCUCGGUGGAACACUCAUGACUGCUGCUCGCGGAAGCUUGAAUAUGAUUUACGCCGGCCGUGCCAUCGCUGGUCUAGGAAUCGGAGCCUCUUCACUAACGGUACCCGUCUAUAUUGCCGAGACUGCGCCCCCUUCGAUUCGUGGCCGUCUGGUUGGUAUUUUCGAGAUUGCUUCCCAGGGAGGCGGCAUGUUGGGUUUCUGGAUCAACUACGCCACUGACAGGACAAUCGACGUGAAAUCCGAGGCACAAUGGAUCAUUCCGCUCGGUCUCCAACUCGUCCCCGGUUUGGGUCUUGCCAUUGGCAUGUUCUGGUGCCCCGAGUCUCCUCGUUGGCUUGCUCGCGGCGACCACUUCGAGGCUGCUGAAAAGAUUCUCACUAAGAUUCGUGGCUUGCCAUCCGACCACGAGUACAUCCGCCGUGAAAUGAACGACAUCCGCACCCAGGUCGAGCAGCGCACCAACAACCGCCUCACCAAGAAGCAGAUGUUCCAGAAGCUUUUCCAGAAGGGCAUCCGCAACCGCAUGGGUCUCGGCAUGGCUCUCAUGUUCCUCCAGUCCUUCACCGGCGUCAACAUCAUCACCUACUACGCCCCGAGAAUCUUUGAAACUCUUGGUAUUUCUGGAACCUCCACCAAGCUUUUCUCCACGGGUUUCUACGGUAUCGCAAAGACUUUCGGUAUGGUUCUCUUUACCUUCUGGGUCGCCGAGCGUGUCGGUCGCCGUAAGGGUCUUAUCUGGGGUUCUGCGCUCGGCUGCAUCCCGAUGUGGUACAUCGGAGGUUACGUCAUGAAGGCAGACCCCGCUGCUGCUGCUGCUGCAGGAACUGUCACCCGUGACGGCUGGGGCUAUCUCGCCAUGGCUUGUGUUUACAUCAAUGGUGUCAUUAUCUGUGCUACAUGGCAAGGUAUUACUUGGCUCUAUGCUUCGGAAGUCCAGACUCUUGAAAUCAGAAUGCUGGCUGUCUCCAUCACCACCGCCACCACCUGGCUCGGUUCCUUCAUCAUCGCACGUUCCACCCCGUACAUGAUCUCGGAUCUUGGAUACGGCGCCUACUUCUUCUUCAGCAGCAUCCUCAUGCUUAUGGGGAUCUGGGCAUUCUUCUUCGUUCCGGAGACAAAGGGAUUGACACUCGAGGACAUGGACGCCCUGUUUAUGAACCCCACGCACAAGACCGUGUGGGCUCAGAUGAGAGGCAAGGACGUAAUCUCUGCCGGACGUGCCAGGUCGCCAUCCAUCACCGACGAGAAGUUCGAGGCCAACAUCGAAGCCGCUCAGGUCGAGGGACGCUACAAGUCAUGA